UUUGGAUUUUCACGAGCAUAGAUUCUCCACCUAAAAUAAGGGGAAAAAACCAGAGAUUUCUUUUGAGUUCCCUGAUUUUUCAAACAGGGCAUCUGAGGAGAGGUCACUAGUGAGCCUAGUGUACUGAAAAGAUUUUAGAUAAAGAAAUAGCUUCAGCUAUUGGCCGAAGUGACAAGAAAAUGAUAUCUGUUAGCAUGGAAGAUGGAAAAUGCAGUGACACGAACAUGGAAGGGGAUGGUGGUUUGAGAACCGUGGAGUGCCUGAGAGGGAGAUUGGUUGCAGAGAGACAAGCUUCAAGGCUUGCUAAAGAAAAUGCAGAGCUUCUGGGCAAUAAGUUGAUGGAGCUUGAGAACCAACUCAAGGAAGAGACCAAACAGAGGAACAAAGCUGAAAAGAAGCUUAAAAUCUUGAUGAAGAAGCUUGAAUCCUUGAACAUUACAACCAUAUCGGUGGAAUCAGAGCAGUCUAGUUCGUCUGAAAACUGCAAAAUGUCUUGCAGAUCAUCAACUAGUACAUCAGAUUCCAAAGACCCAGAAGAAGAUGAGCUCAAAUCCCAAUUCACAAGCCCAGAAAUCUCACAAACCCUGCAGAACAAUGCCUCAGAAACCUCUGCAUCCACUCCAAUUCUUUCAAGCCCUUCAAGCGAAAAAGAUUCCCAGUCUAAUUCCAACCUCAACGAUCCUUCCCAAGAAACAUUGAGCGAUAAAAUGAGUUCCACCUCUGAAUACCCAAAGGCUGAUAGUCGCAGUUAUUCAAGCUUAAAAUCUUCAUUACAAGAGAAUGAGAGUAAUCAUGAGGAUGAUGUUGAUAACUCGUUGGCAUUAGUUCCCGUGGACUAUCCAGCGAGCUCACAGGCUGCUGAAAUGAAGCCAUUGAAUGAAAGUGUAAGUGAAGUUCUUGAUGCUUUAAGGCAUGCCAGGGAAAAGCUUCAGAGUUCGAUACAGGGAAGAAGACAUAUGAUUCAGGUUGGCUCAACGUAAAAUCACAAAUGCAAAUAGACAAAUAGUAAUUAUGUCAAUUUUCUUUCAUAUAGUAGUACAUAAAAAGACAUUUGUGGUGUUGUUUUUUUGUUUUUUUUUUGCAUUGAAGAAAACAGAGUAAUAUUGGGUUGAAUAUUGCAUUAAUCUGAGUGUUAGGGUAGAUGUUAAUAAAGUUAUUUUGAAUGUGUAAGUACAUCACAAAGAGCAUGUGAAGUGGGGCAUGAUGUUGUUCAUGCUUUUUGGCCCCUGGGUCCCAACUCUUUGCCAGUUUCCUCUUUGUGCUGCUCUACUCAUGGCCUUUGAAUGUAAUUGAAUAUCAGUUGGAUAUGAUCACUUGAAACUUGUGACUUGCCUUUUAUGGGAUUUGAUUGUUGGGUUUGGGCUAAUUGAGGUUCAUUAGUUAUAUGUU